CGAAAUGUUAAUUCUCCAGUGAUCGGGACUAGAAAAAUAUUUCUAAAUGUACUUUUAAUUUUAAAUACCAGUGGCAUACUAAAAAGAAGGGUAAAUUCGGAAAAUAGAGAAGAAAAAAAAUCAAAAAGACUAUUGUGAAUCAUAUAUAAAGACCACGAGCUUGGAAGGGAAAGAGCAGUUUUCUCUCACCAAAACGUUAAACCUCAUCUCAGAAAGAACAACAAUGUCUAAAUUAUCGUAUAAUCUCAUCUUCUUCAUAGUUUUCUUGUGUUUGGGGUUGAGAUCAUCAGCGAUUACGAAUCUCAACACCUUAAGUUUCGAAGAAUCGCUUUCUCCUCUCUUUGGCGAUGGCAAUCUCGUCCGUUCACCUGAUGAUCUCUCCGUUCGCCUCCUCCUCGAUAAAUACACCGGUUCUGGUUUCAUAUCAUCGAAUAUGUAUCAACAUGGAUUUUACAGCUCUAUGAUCAAGCUUCCAGCCGAUUAUACUGCCGGCGUCGUCGUCGCCUUUUACACAUCAAACGGAGACGUGUUCGAGAAAACACAUGACGAACUAGACAUAGAGUUUCUAGGGAACAUUAAAGGGAAGCCAUGGAGGUUUCAGACAAACCUGUACGGAAAUGGAAGUACACAUAGAGGUCGUGAAGAAAGAUAUCGUCUAUGGUUCGAUCCUUCUAAAGAGUUUCAUCGUUACAGCAUCCUCUGGACUCCUCACAAGAUCAUAUUUUGGGUAGACGAUGUUCCAAUAAGAGAAGUGAUAAGAAGCGAAGCAAUGGGAGCAGAUUAUCCAGCGAAGCCAAUGUCUCUCUACGCCACCAUUUGGGACGCCUCUGACUGGGCUACUUCCGGCGGCAAAUACAAAGCUAAUUACAAAUAUGCCCCUUUCGUAGCGGAGUUUAAGUCCUUCUCCCUUGACGGCUGCUCCGUUGAUCCCAUCCAAGAAGUCCCCACCGAUUGCUCUGACUCCGUGGACUUCCUCGAAUCACAAGACUACUUCUCCAUCAACUCACGUCAACGCGCCUCCAUGAGAAGAUUCAGACAACGGUUCAUGUAUUAUUCCUAUUGUUAUGAUACGGUUCGGUAUCCGGAGGCGCCACCUGAGUGUGUGAUUGUUCCAGCAGAGAAGGAUAGAUUUAAGGAUACGGGGAGGUUGAAGUUUGGUGGUACAGAGGCGCGUGGACGACGUAGGAAUCACCGGCAGCAAAGGCCAGAAAUCGAAAGUGAUCCUGACGAAAGAAGACGACUUUUAAAAUAAGAUUUGUACCAUUUUUUUUAUUUGUUUGUGAGUAAAGAGAGAAUAACUAAUAGUAAAGAUUUGAAGAAAAAGAGAAAGAAAUAGGGAAUACGUCAUUCAGAUCCAUAAUUUUAUGAGUUACAAAAUCGUAGUUACGUCAGCAAGCUUUGUUCUCUUUCAUUUUGUGACAAUCCAUCUCUAACUCUAGUUAGAGAGGUUGAAACUUAUAGACUUUUCUUCGUCUGUGGCGGUCAAAGUUCUUUAGGAUUUUGAAAAAGCUAGUGGUCUUGGACCCAUGAAACUAUGGUUUACAAACCUCUUUUAAUCUAUGCAAGCGGGAGACAAUGUCUUCUUUAGAUACUUAGGUUGCAGAUUCCUUUAACAUGUACAUUUCUCUCUGCCAAUUCACUUCCAUCCCAUAUGAUAUUAAUUAGUGUCAGUGGCUAUUAAGGUUCUCAUAAAAUCUGCUCCUGAUCAUUCAAUUCCCUACUGCCGUGGUAGAUCCACGAGUUCAUAGGCCACCUUCAAUAUUGUGUAGUCACUACUAAAUCAACUUUUGAGUCUCACAUCUCACGUGUAGUUCAAACUGGCCUUACUUCAGAGCAGGGGUGUCAAAGUGAGCCGUGAGCUCAUAACAAAGAAUAAGUGAAAUAAAACAAAUGAACACCAAAGAACAAUAAAAAAACAAAGAAGAACAAGUGAACUGUAUAACUAAUUAACAAAGUUGAGAGGGGGAUAGUGGUAAAACCUUGUUUAAAAUGAUUAUAGUGAUGUUGUAAAUCAAAACCUUUUUAUUUGCAAGGAAUAUUACUUAAUUGUGUAUCACUCAUUAACAGUAAAUAUAUAGUGUUGAUUGUUGGCCAAAACAGAUGAUGAGUUUGAGUGGUGUUGUAGAUUCGUAUCCGUAAUUACUGGAAUGAAAUGAAUCCAAAUUUGAAUAUUUACUAGUCUGAUUAUCCCCUGCCAUUGUCUCGUUUGCGACGGCUGAUUUUUGGUUCGUUUGGUGAAAUUCCCGACUCGUGCUUCAAGGAUUUGGGGUUUGUGUCCUUCUGCCCCUUUACGUGGAGUUCGUAAGCUAUCGAUGAAUCUUAUUCCUCUUGGGUUUGAUUCUUUGUAGUUACCCAUGGCUCUUCAGGAUGUGUUCCUGAGCAGUAUAAAGAGAUUCAGAGUCUCCACAAAAUAAGUUUGCCUGAAGAUGUGCGUGUAUCUCCUUUUUUUUUUUUUUGUUGGAACCGUUUGCUUGAGCUUUUGUUUUAAUUGAUUCUAGGUUUCUAUCAUGUUUUACUUUGAUCCUUUUUCGUCUAUAGUUCAAGGUUGGUCCCAUAGAAUUCUUGUAAUUCAAACAGGUAUCUCAUCUUUAAAUCAAUUCAGGGGACAUUUGCGUUUGUGGUAGCUUUUUAUCUCAAACAGGUAUCUCAUCUUUAAAUUAAUUCAGUGUAAGAAAGAAGAAGAAAUAUAUUCAAUACCUCGCUGAUUUUGCUUUUUGUUUAGUUUGAGUGUGUUUAUUUAGGGAGAGGGGAUAGUGGAAAGAGGAUAAACAGAGGCUUGAGAGUAUUGUGACAUCAGAUCCAAACAGACCAGACACUCAACUUGCCAAGUAACAAAUAGUAAGCACGACGCAGUCUCUCGACGUAUGAAGAUGAGCAAGCCGAGAAGUAGAGUAAGACGCAUAAAACUGAUAUCGUGAAUGAUUCAUUCGGUUCUAUAUAGUAGGAAGCCCCCCAAAAAAAAAAGAAUAUUACA